CCAUCCGUUCGAGUUUCUUCUUUUAGCUCUGAAAGGCACACUCUGUGAAGAAUAUCAUUCCUGGAUACCAUACCUGUUCCUGUACGAAGAACACCCCUUGAGAGAUCGAAAGUGAUCUACCACACGCGAUGGAGCACCAAGAGAAUCCUAAUAUAUUACUUUUGGAGUGGGAAUACUUUCGUGGAGAAGUGUUUUAUCCCAUUCAAAGGACCAUUGGAGAUGAGUUUCACAUACACGAACUUCUCGGCUACGGAGAGACUUCCAAAGUCUAUCGCGGACUUCACGUCAGUACCUCCACGCAGGUUGCAAUCAAGAAGAGUUUCGAAGAUCGGAGGUCAUUGGCGGCGCUGGACAGGGAGGCAUAUGCACUGCGUUAUUUUCGCCACCCGGUGAUUCCUUUCUAUUUUGCAUCCAUAGUCACAGCAUGGGGGUGGUGUGUUAUCCGGGAGCUGGUAGAGGGCGUUACUCUGGAUUUGUCACCAGGCUUUGGCGAUCCAACUGAAUACCAGGCAGCCAGAAUCUUUGGUCAGUUGGCGGAUGGUCUUAGCUACAUACAUGCAUUGGGCACCGUACAUGGAGAUAUAUGUGCAAAGAAUGUCAUGGUGACUCCAGAAGGCAACGUUAAACUGAUUGAUUACGGAAAUUGCCGUCCGGGUCUUACAGUGGACGACUAUAGAAGUUUUAGCUCCCGCAAAGCCCCGGAACUCAUGUUCGAACCUAGACGCCCAAGGGGGCGGAAGGCGGAUAUGUUUGACUUAGGGCGGCUGAUGUACCGGUAUUUCAAGAAUGGCGAAGAGCCAUACAAUCUUCCGCCGUUAAUUCCGGCGAACCCCCAAAACCUGCAGACACGAAUGGAGUCGCCUGAGGAUAAUAUCAGUCUCCUAGGCCUUUCAGACUAUGUAAGUGAUAUUAUCUGUCAGUGCCUGGCUUACGACCCCGAUGCCCGAAUUGAUUCUUCCGACUUCCGGAGGCACCAUUUCAUAAAUCUCGCCGUGCAUCUCGGCCACCAUUUUUCACCGAACACCCAAGGUUUCGCGGACCUUUUCUCUACUCAUUUUUAUGAAAACAUGCGAACCAAAAAAGCAAACAUUGAUGAUACGAGAGAAUAUUUAAGGUUGUGGGAACGGAGAGAAACGGAAAUACAACAUCCGAGCUACGAGGGCAAUCUGUUAAAUGAACUUAUCAGCAAGCAAAAUGAGUCACCCGCGCUUACGGCGUACAGAAUCACAUGUUACAUCAAUACUUAUUAUUAUUAUUAUAUUAGAAACUCAGGUUUACUUUCCCUGAUAUAGAUCAUUCACAUGACGUGCAAACUUACUUUUAUCGUACCGUUUCCAAGGAAUUUUACUUGGAUACGAUAAACUUGGACACACUCGUGCAAAUGAUUUUUUAUCAUGGCCGAGGCCCUUUUCCUCGCGAUUAUCUUUGCACGCCAGGAAAAGUGUUCUUGAAAGUGCGUACUGCAAAUGCAGUUCUUGAGCAACGGAAAUUUCAAAAUUGGACAUUUCCCGGCAUUUUCAGGAGGUCACUAUGAAUACAUUGACGGUUGCAAAGUUUGCCCAGCACCGUGUGAACUGGAUCACGGUUUGCCAGUGUUAUCUUGGUCACUCACGUGCAAGUGUUCACACGUCGUGUGAAUGGCCGAUUACGCUGGUAGUUUACGAUCAGAAAUUUGGUGGCCUACCGUCCCUACGUCCCCAGUUGUCUUAUGAGAUCACGAACUAUAUUCACGGAUGUUAUUGGCUAACAGGAAUACCUCGCAUUCCACUCCUUUGUUGUUGAUGUUGAUAUUUUGUUUUUCUUGGAUACCCAGGCGACUACCGUCAUGGCAACCUUGUGGCCAUAGUACUACAUGUAAAAUCAAUACCCCUCGCUUAUUCAUUACUUUAUUCAUGCAAUGUUUCGAAAUGAAUCAUUCUCAUAGAAAUACUUAUAAUAUAACGA